CAUCAUCGACAGAGUUGGGAUAAGAGUAUAUAGCCCAGGAGGUUCCAAGCUGCUCAUAUACCUGGUCCGCAAGAUGGCCAAGGAACUGUCAGAUUGGAUAGCUCCCUGGGUGGACAACCACUACACCCGGCAUGGGACCGACCUCGGUCGAGAAUACCAGGACGGGAAGAGGAUCCAGAUCAUCCGGUUCGAGACAUGGAGAGAUCUUAACAAUCCGCAAGACAAGAAACAGAUCAUCGCGCUCGGGACGGACAAGGUCCAUUGCGUCAGGCUCGUCUUCGAUUCCGACGCGACCGACCGGUACUGCGAACAACGCGGCCCGGGCAGACCCAUGACGGCCGACCUUCGCAGCAUCUACCGUCUCAAAACCUACCGCUUAUCCCUUCCUCUCCUCAAAUCCACUCGAAGGAGUCCGUUCUUGGAAAUCUACGUCAAGGACUGGGAAUGGUGGUGCGGAGCUACGAGCGAGAUACAAUUCUGCGAAGACCCGAUCGAUAUGAAGAUCCCGCUGGAGAUGGACGAACAAGCGAGGGUUCACCGGGAUUGGAAGGAAUCUCGGGAUCGUGAUCACAGUGAAGACAGGGCGAUCGGGGCGGGGGUGGCAGGAGGAGAGAUAGAUGUAUAUGAGCAGUUCAGGCAGGGUGGGAUGGGAAAGACGACGGAGGCGGUGAGGAAGGAUGCGAGGGCGGCGCUGGCGAUCUUGUGGCAGGCACAUCGGGGGGCUCUUCAAGCCGAGACGGUCCAGAUCGCACCUGCACUUGUCAAUGAUGCCAGCGCCAGCGCCAACGUCGGUAACAAACCAGACGCCCAUAUCGAUCAGGAUCCAAAUCGGCAUCAGGACCAAGAUCAGAUCGACCCGAGGAUGGAUAUCGACGACGACGACGAAGAAUCCCCGCCGAACAAAAAUUCCUACGAAGCGCCUCCCUUCCAAAUCCCUCCCAACCCGAGUCUGAGCCAUCCAGAUCCGACACCAACACCUUCCCCCUCCUCAUCCUCGCCGGACCCAAUCGUAGAGAAACUCCGAGCGGGCGGGUCGACCCCGAUGGAACUAUACGAGCUGUUGGUCAAGAGGCAACUCGAGGGGAAAAACGUGGAUUGGGCUUUCAGGCCGGCUCGAUCAUUGGGUGGGGAGGCGGGGUUGACCAAGAUCUUGGAUGGGAUCACAGUGUUCGGUCUGAAUCUGGACGAAGAGCUGGACGAUUCGGAUGAAGAGGCCGAGAUCGAGAGACCGAUCGUCGACACAAGACGACCGCGCUCACCUACAAAGGAAGUUGCCGGUAGUUCGAGAGCAGGGAGGAUGAUGAAGAUGCGGCCAGCGCUUUCCGACGAGGAUGACGAUGGUGAUGGUGAUGAGGGCGAUGAUGGUGUUGAGACAGAGGUCAUCAGCGAGGAGAGCUCGGACGACGACCAAGAUCAGAACGAGACCCAAGAUGCGGACAAAGUUGGGGAUCGAGAUGAGGUUGAGGGCGAGGUCGAGACAACGAUCAUCGCCACGCCGGCAAUCUCUACGCUGCCCAAAAGGGAAAGAAGUCCCACUUACGAAUGGUCGCUUUCACCCCCUGAACCGAAAAAGGCCACAAAAGAAACCGAGUUAGCACCUGAGGGAGAGAUCCGACAAGCCGGUCCUCUACCGGAGACGACCACCGUGGCCGUUGCGGAAGAGGUCGACAGUAUGUUGAUGAUCCCUCCGAACAAAAGCCCGGAACGAGUUCCUAUCGAGCAGGAACUACCCGACCAUGCCGAGACCCAAAUUGCGGCAAGCCUAAAGUUGCCAAUCAAUCUAGCUACGGAAAGGCGAUCGACGACUCCUGCGCAGAACGAUCUGCCAGAUCCGCCUAGAGCGCCCGCGCUCACCCUGCCGAAACGUCGACCCAAUGUCAAGCGGAUCCGACUUGAUACGCCAUCAUCAGAUGAGGGCGAACCACUACCCAGCGUGUUGGGCAAACGAAAGACUUCUUUGUCGUCAACGCCUCCAGCCGAGGGGUCGGAACGGGAGAGCAAACGCUUACAAAAGAUCAAGAAGUUGAAGCUGCUCGAGGAACAGAUGAAGAAAAUUCAAGCGAGCAUUGAUGUCGACGAUGAGGAGGAGGAUGUCGAGGAAAAUCCUGUUGGUGUAGAAGAGCCGUCACAAGUCCCCGAGGAGCCGGAUACUCGGCAGACCGAGGUUCCGACCGAGGACCUACCGGCGUCUGGCUUGGCCACACUCGCGGGUCAUGAGGCAGUGGCAUUACCAAUGACAAGCGAAUCAGCCAACAAGCCUGACAACUCCCCACCAGGAAACGCUGUGGGGGAAAAGAUCCCAAGCGUACUGCCCGAACUACCACAGCGCCCAAUACUGAAUCAGCCCGUCCGCCACGAAGGUCUAACCGUCGGUGAAGUCAUUGCGAUCGGAAACGAAUUCCGCGCUUUCCUGCAACAGACUCGCCGAUGAUGAUGAUGAUGCAUAAUAUGACAGGCGCAUGCAAGAUUAUAA